AGAAUAGGAGACAUGUUCGAAAUAGUAAUUUUUCCUCUACAAUUUUGGAAAUGGACAAAAUGUCAUGGACAGUCAGACUUGCUAUGGACCUUUUUUUACUGGGUCGUCUGAACAAGACCCACUCUUGAGAUCCAUCAAAUUAUACCCAUGUAUACAUAAAGCCCAACCCUUAUCCUUUCAAUUUGGGCUCAAAUUUUGGUGAUAAUACACUGACUCGCUACCAUCUAAGUCGAACUUUAAAGGUUGACCACUUGCAACAUUUUUUUUAUUCGAGGUUUGAUAUUUAUAUUUAGAGUGUGUAUUUUGAAUUUGUAUCGCGUAGCGUCUCAUUACAAGGAGCGGUGAGUACUUUCUAUCGAGUCAAAUUUGAGAUCUUUGAUUAAGGACUUUUGAUGCAAUAGAUAUGAAAUUUCAUACACUAUCUAAGCUCAAACUCAAAAUCGUUAAUUAAGGAAGAAAGAAUCAUCGAUUACACUCUAAUACCACUUGUUACUUUGAUUGUAAAACUUUAAGCUCUCUUUCGCCAUGCAUGAACAUUUAAUUUUGUUCUUAUAACUUUGCCAUUGUUCUUAUGUUAAUUAUUAUACUACUUAUCAAGUAUCCUAAUUCAUAAUUGGUUGGCUCAAGUUGAUCCCUAAUUCUUAACAAAAAUAAUCUUUAACAGAAAUAGAGUUUGCUAAUAGCCAUUUCUAAUCAACCUUUUAAUGUCAUUCUACAUGUUUAUCUUUGCUACCUUUAACAUAUCCGAAUUAUACUAUUUCUUAAGUAGUUCGUUUUGAAGAAUGUCACAACAAUUUUAACAAAAUAAUUUUUCGAUAGUAAUCAUUUUUUCCCCCAUAUUUUCAACUCAAUACGCGAAUUUGCUUGUAAUAAAGCCCAUAAUCGCAACAGUGACAUUGCCGUCUUCAAAUCAAAGAGGAGAAUUACGAUGCUUCUCGCAAGAUUUCUCAGUUGCAGGUGCAGUUCUCCGAGUCUUCCAUGGUUAAUUUCUAAAUUUUCUCACUCAAUUUCAUCACUAUCUGAGAAAUUCCCCACUAAUUUUGACGAAUCUCAUGUUCUGAAUCAACUUUCCGACCUUUUCCCCAUCCGUCGAACUUCUUCAAUCGAAAAACCCAUUCACACAGAUUCCUCUGCACCAAAAAAUCAGUUUAGGGUUUUCGAUGAGCUUUUAACUCCAGAAGAUAUGUUACGCGGCAUUUUUCUUCAGAAACUUCAGGGCAAAACAGCAAUCGAGAAGGCACUGACAUCUGUUGACGUUGAAUUAACGGUUGAUUUAGUUGCUAAAGUAGUAAACAAAGGAAAUUUAGAUGCUGCAUCAAUAGCUACGUUUUUCAAUUGGGUUAUCAAACAACAAAAAAUACCUAUUGAUAAUGAUACUUACUGUAUAAUUCUUAAAGCAUUAGGAAGGAGGAAGUUUUUCGGGCAGAUGGUUGAAAUAUUAAAGGAAAUGAGGAAUCACGGAGUUAUGCCUGAUUCAGUGACACUUAACAUUGUUGUUGAUAGCUUUAUUCGAGCUCGACAAAUUUCAAAGGCUAUACAAUUGUUUUGUGAAUUAGAGAACUAUGGAUUGAGAUGUAAUACCGAGACACUUAAUGUUGUUUUACGGUGCUUGUGUCAUCGAUCACAUGUAGGUGCUGCAAGUUCAUUACUUGUGAAAAUGAAAGAGAAAGUUCCAUUUGAUGUCACAACCUAUAACAUAGUCAUUGGCGGGUGGUCGAGAUUUGGAAGAGUUAAGGAAGUCGAGAGAACCUUAAAAGCAAUGGUGGAUGAUGGAUUUGAGGCAGAUAAUUUGACUUAUAGUUGUGUUCUUGAAUGUUUAGGGAGAGCUGGUCGAAUUGAUGAUGCCAUUGAGAUUUUUGAGGGAUUGGAGGAAAAGGGUCGCGUAUUUGAUGCUGAGAUAUACAAUGCAAUGAUUUCAAAUUGCAUUGGACAGGGUGAAAUUGAUGAAUCAUUUAAAUAUUAUGAGAGGAUGUUAAAUACGGAUUGUGAGCCCAAUGCUGAUACAUAUAUGAGACUAAUAUCUGCUUUUCUGAAAGCGAGAAGAGUAGCUGAUGCAAUUGAAAUGUUUGAUGAAAUGCUAAGCCGGAGAAUGAUUGUAACUACAGGGAAUGUAACCUCUUUUCUUGAGCCUUUAUGUAGCUACGGUCCACCUCAUGCAGCUCUAAUGAUUUACAAGAAGGCGAGACAAGCUGGAUGUACGAUAUCCUUGACUGCAUACAAGUUGCUUCUUAUGCGGCUUUCUAGGUUUGGGAAAUGUGGUAUGCUGUUAAACAUCUGGAAUGAGAUGCAAGAAAGUGGUUAUUCUUCCGAUAUGCAAGUUUAUGAGUAUGUCAUCAAUGGGCUUUGCAACGUAGGACAGCUUGAAAAUGCUGUCCUGGUAAUGGAGGAAGCUUUAGAGAAAGGAUUUUACCCUAGCAGGCUUAUUUGUAGCAAAUUAAACAACAAGUUACUAGGUUCAAACAAAAUAGAGAUUGCAUACAGGCUUUUUCUAAAGAUAAAAAUUGCACGUGGAAAGCAAAAUUCACAAACAUACUGGCGUGCUAAAGGGUGGCAUUUCUAAUCUUUGCACAGUCAGCUGGUUAGUGCAACUGUAUCUUCUUUCAGAGUGAUGAAUAUGACAAGAAUCUAGGAUCAAACUUCAUUGCCAGUAGCUGUCGCUGGCAAUGAACUGAAUCUGCUCUUUUGCUUUCCAAAUGGGCAUCUAUUGCCUUGUACAGAAGGGUAAUGUUUGAGAAAUUAUGUGAAGCAGCAGGGACUGACAUAUUGUUUUGCAUUAUCAUGGAGGUGGUAAUAUAUGAAAAAUUUGUUGAAGUACAGGGGACUGAAGUGUUACUUUUCUUUGCUAGAAGUUGUUCUGCGGGAAGUAUGGAGAAGUCAUUCCAAUAUGAGUCACAUGUUUAACUUUUUGACCAUUGAGGUGAGUGCUUCUAGUUGGCGUCAAGUUGUGCAGUUGGUAAUGAAUGUAUUCUAACUUCUGUGCUAGCAGUAACAUGAAAAGUAAUUAAAAGAAUUCUCUAUCUUGUUUAUUAAGAACAAUUCAUGUAGAAAAUUAGAAUCAUGUCCCUGACUUGUCUAUAAUAUUUGUUUGAAACAUAACUGCCUUUAAUCCCAGGGGCCAGGGGAGGGGUUAAAAACAUGAAAUUUGACUUGAAAAUAACAAGGCUUGUGACUCGCUCAAAUGAUAUGGAUUGGCUGAUCGGUGGCAAAACCUUUGCUGAUUCUUUUUUUUAUACAAGGAAAUAGCUAGCUGAUUCAAAACUAUUGGGGAACUUCUCAGUAUGCAUCUCCAACGGGUAGGAAGCUGAUAUUGUCGUGGGCGGAUGGAUGAAAAGAGAUUUAUCCAUCAUAUGAGUCCUCCUUAAACCAGAUCUGUGGUCCACCUUAAGGGUGCAGGAGGGAAGGGAAUGGUGAUUUAGAGAAGGUACAUACUCUCUGUGUGAAUUGAAAUGUAGAAAUUGGUUCCCUGUGUGUUUCUCUCUCUCACUUGGUACUUUUGUACAAAAAAUUUCAAAAAACUGUCAUAGAGAAACCUGUAUCUAGUUUGGAGUGAGGAACAGUGCUUUUAGUUCCACAAGAUUGCAUAAGGCCGUAGAACUGGUAAAAAUUCCUGUCCACCUUUCUUGGACAAUCUUGACAAACCUUUUUCUAUUUUUUUAUUUUCCUUCUUAUCAAUAUGCUUUUAUUUUGUUUAUAUGAUUUACUUGAUGAUGUGGGAUAAUUAGUUGGUAUAGAGGAUUACUGGGAGAAACUGAAAUUUCAUAGAGGCUUAUAUACAAGUUUGUUGAGGGAAGGGAAAAAGAAGAUCUUUUCUUAUUACACAUUUGACACCUGCUGAUCAAUUUAAUCCAGGAUAUUGUUAUUUGAUUAAUUAUUUCCCUGGAGGUAUGAGUGACUGAUAGGCCUAAACGUGCUUCCUGGGAUUGUGACUUGGUCUGUUGUUAUUGACAUUGAAGUAGCUUAAAUAGGUGGUCACCGAUCCAUUUAGUAUUUGUGUUGUGCAGGUUAAUUGGGAUGGAGCAGGACCUGAGUUUUGUCUCUCAUCAGUUUUGGGAGUGUUGUUUCUUUAUCAGCCGACAUUUCCUCAAGGAAAUAGUCAAAGCUGCACUCUUGAAAACAAAUGUUUCUUCAAUCUCCCAGAAGUAAAGGUAGAUAUUUGGUAUUUGCUUGUUUGGAUUUGAUGAUCAACUGUUUCAUGAAUUUUGUGACUUGGUUUCUCGUUCACCUUAAUCUCUUGCACGAUGGAGAACUAUUCUACCAUUCCAAUGUUACUUCUCUGUGUUCUUGUACUACUUUAUCUGGAUUUACGUGGCUAGUCGCUACAUAACAGCUUUAUUAGGUAAAAUGUAUCAAAUUCAUGAACCAAAUAUGUUGGGAUGGUCAUCUUGUUCUAAAAUAUAUUGCCUGUCACUGCACAUGUUAUCUCAAAAAGAUCUUAUUUCAUUUGUUUUUCUAUAAAUUUGAAUGAGUGGUGCUUCAAAUUCCAAUUCUGGUGAAGGUACAUCACCAUGGUAUUAUCAUGUUUCCAUCCAUUUGACUAAUAUGAUGCUUUUCCUCCAAUCGUACUUCCCCGAAAAAGAGAGACCAAUUUGAAACUUAAGCUAUGUGUGCUUAUCUAUUCUAUUCAUUGUUAAAAAAUUUCGAUUGCGAAGGUUGGGAUUCCAUAAAAUCUGAACAUUUCCAUCUGUUUCAAGUUGUACUCAGUUGGAACAUAUGAGAUUGUUGGAACUAUUGCAACAGUGGUUCUUUUAUGAACAUAGCUUGGUCGUACAUGCAAGGAUGUAAAUUCAUUAUGAGGCAUGAUUGGAACUUGACGUCUUUGUGUCAAUGCCUUGACAAAUAUGUUGCCAAUUUCAACUUGCAGAAAUGGUAUGUAAUGCUAUGGUUGUAAGGAUUAAAUAUCAUGGAACUCGUUGAUAGGCCAGAUAAAGCCCUUAAGUACUUUCAGGAGAUGACGUUAAAGGACAUUCAACCUGCUGCUGUAGUGAGCUUUUACGCCUCUAGUAUUGCUCGAACCAUAAAAUUCCCGUGAGCUGUUCUUUUCAUUGAUUUAUAUACUUGAGGAGAUGUUGAUUGAGGAAGACAUUACUUUGGUGGAAUGCCAUGGUUGAUUCGUAUUCUAACCUGGGUUUUAGUGAUUGCUCUCUUGAGAGAUCCAUGUUCAUGAUGUAGUUUUGUGGAACCGAGUGACCACAAGUUAUGCUCGAAAUGGCCUUGCAUGUGUUUGCACCAAUACGAGGACCUUGAAUGAUCAUCUUACCAGGACAUGCCAUUUAGGUGCAUUGCAAGAAGAGUAAGGUGACUCAUGGGCAUGUGUUCGAGAUUGUUCUUCAUCUGGCUGUCUUUAUUUAUACCUUCCUCAUCGACCUCUAUGAAAAAACAUGCAAAGAGGCUGGACGAUCAUUGUCAUGGUAUCCAUGGGAACCGUAUCAUAUCUCUGCAUCUAUCUAAGGAUAUGCCGUAAAUACAUGUUUUCCUUCUCCAUUGUGAAUCGCAGGCCAUCAAGGAUAGUUGAAGAAGAUGAUCAUGCAAGUAUCUCCGCGCAACGGAGGAGUUUGUUAUUAAGCCUACACUAAAAGCAGUUUAGCUGCAUGAUGAUACUGUUUUCUAGGGCUUACAUGCAUGUCGUUUGUCCAGAUGCUUCUUUCUGGGAUGCCCAUAUUGUUGCUUACAGAGUCUUUAUGGAAAUACAGAGCUGGUUAAAUUGGCCUCAGAUAAUUUGUUUGUAAUCAGAUCCCACUUCCCGAGGCAUCCGUCUUGUUGGAUCUUGGCAUAUGUUAUUCAAUUCCAAUAGUAUUAUUUUAGUUAGUGUAUGAUUCUUUACACCUGAAAUCAGUAAAAAAUUGACACAUAAUACUUGUAACUGAAACACAUGAGAUUUUUGUAGUAUACUUUCCUCUAUACAAUUGCACAUAAGUUGAUAAAA